CCCACGAGUUCCUGUUUAUCUUUUCUUCUGUUUUCCGCGUCUUUCGAUCUCAUUCGCUUACUUUUCGCCGUCCCGAGCACAAUUAUCGCGAGUCCAGCCAAUUAGAAGCUCGAUAACUGCCGGUCACGAUCUUCGAGUCUCUGUAGAAAAGAUAUUCUCUGGACACUUAAACAUGAAACAAGAUAAACGACAGUAAUGGCCCGUCAUACAGUGAUCUUGAUACCCGCUUUACUGUUAGCGACUAUUAAUGGAACUGUCACCGCGAGGAUUUGCAAAUCGUCCGCGGAAACCUGGCAGUCGCACAUCGGUAUACUUAUUUCGCCUAUAAUGUCGGAUUCGCGGAUGCAGGAGAUCGAGAUUUACUGGAACAACGUGAAUCUUGGACCGGACGAGAAGAUCGUCCUCAUGAAAGAGAAUAAUUCGAGUUCUUCGUUUAUACUUUACAACGUUACGUCCAACGAAUCGAGUGGCGUCGAGAAAACCGGGAUACGAACGAAAUUUUUACCCAGCUCGAAUCUUUCUUUCGUGCAACGAUCCUCGAAAUAUUACGUCGCGGUGCUGACGACAACAGGUAACGUAAAAGAAACGAACUAUCUGAAGACGAAUCCGACAUGGAUGAAAGAGAGGAAACAUAUUCUGAGUCCUCUCAGAAUGAGCCAGAUUUUUCUCCCUGGCACGCACGAUUCAGCGUGUUAUGCUCAGGAAAAUAUUACGAAGCUCUUCGUCUCGAAGUACGCUGUGACACAGAAUAUGGAUAUACUCGGUCAAUUGAUACACGGUGUACGGUAUUUGGACAUCCGAGUAGGAAGUUAUCCUUUUACGAAGGAGCACUGGUGGACGAAUCACGGGCCAUUUUAUCGAUCGGUAUCGCUGCAAACUGUCAUAGAUCAAGUGAAAAAGUUCCUUGAAAAUACCGAGGAAAUUGUGAUAUUGGACAUUCGCGAAUUUCCUAUUGGAUUCGACGAUAUAUCGGUUCAUCGGGAAUUGGUAUCGUAUUUGGAAGAUCAGUUUCGAGAUUAUUUCCUGACGAGUAAUAGCGGCUGGGCUAUCACAAUGAAUGACAUUUGGUCUUCCGGCAAAAGAUUAAUAAUCGGUUAUGAAAACAUGCAAAUUGUUCGUGAACACGCUAGCAUGUGGCCUUGCGUGCGACACCAAUGGGGCAACGUAAGGAGCAUCGAGGAUUUGUACAAAUAUUUGGAUAAAAUUGAAAACGAAGACAGCGAUUACAGAGUGAGACCGCGAUCAGCAAUGGCGGAAUUAACAAUGAACGUAAUGGACGUAAUUUAUAAUCGACUGGGAAAUCUUCGUGACAUGGCGCACAGAGUUAAUGUCAAUGUAACGAAUUGGUACAGCACCGUUUGGCAAUACACUGCCAAUAUCGUGGCGGUGGAUUUCGUGAGAGGCACCGGUAUGGUUGAAGCUGCCAUUAAAUCCAACGAGAAUCGCCAUUUACACUGCCGAUAUUAAACACUCUUUCGAUUGAAUUUUAUAAAUUAUCGUUAUUGUGCUAAUAAAACAUUUUGAUGCAUA